GAACACUUUUCUCAAUUAAGACGAUAAAAUCACCGGUAGUCUUGGAAAUUUCAUCAGUGGUCGGAAAAUAAUCGAAAGCGUCGGGUUACUGUAUUAUUGUGUAAUAGGUGUAACGGCUACACUUGGAACUGUACCACUCUACGACAACGCCUGAUUUGCAUAUUAAGUUAAAGAUGAGACUGACGGACUCGAGUUUUGAGUACGAGGACGAGGAGUAUAAGUAUAUUACUGUGUUCGAUGAUGAUGAAGAUGAAUCCAGCGAGUUCAAAACAAAGUACCUCAGGAUGAUCAAGCCUGACAGUGAGAAUGGUGACCUCUGUUUCGGGUGUGGGGAUGUGAUCGCCGAUCGGUUCCUGCUGAGGGUGGAUGGUCAGUCUUGGCAUAUGUCAUGUCUACGUUGCUGUGUGUGUCAGACCAAUCUGGAGCGCCAGACCUCGUGCUACAUAAAGGAGGGACACAUCUACUGCCGGACAGACUACACAAGGUCAGGAGAGUUCGGAGUGAAAUGUGCCAAGUGUUUCCGGUCAAUUCAAGCCAACGACUGGGUGAGACGAGCACGUGACCAUGUAUUUCAUCUCGCAUGUUUUGCGUGCGACAAUUGCAAACGCCAGCUGUCGACGGGUGAAGAAUUUGCUCUACAGGAGGGGAAAGUACUCUGCAAGACACAUUAUAUAGAAACUCUCGAAGGGGGUCCGAGAAAAGAUUCUGAAGGAAGCCAGAAGUCAAAGACGAAACGAGUCCGUACGACAUUUACAGAAGAUCAGGUGCAGGUUUUGCAGGCAAAUUUCCAUCUCGACAGCAACCCAGAUGGACAAGAUCUCGAGAGAAUUGCCCAGAUCACGGGGCUCUCUAAGCGCGUGACGCAAGUGUGGUUCCAGAAUUCAAGAGCGAGACAAAAGAAACAACAGCAACAACAGACACAGAGCGGAAAUACAAGUCCGUCCUCACUCUCCUCGCCAUCUAAACUGUCUAGUCCCUCGAAUUGGUAUAUUGGAUCCGAGAGCCCCAUGAGCGAAGACAGUCCGUCGUUUUCAGACUAACAUAAACUUUUGUGAUUCGCGCAGAUAUGGAACAAACAAUUUCAUUGGAUAGUUCUGGUAAUCACGUGAUGUGUUAUAUCAGUGUCGUAACCAAUGUUGUGUGACCAUUUGUGACAUUUAAAUGUGCUAUUUAAAGACUAACUUGGACAUAAUUGCUCUAUGCUCAUGCUCACGUUGAACAAAUAUAUAUAUGUGUUAGUGUUCAUCACCUGUGUGUGUUACCAACUCCCUGAUACACACCGCGUCCUUCGUGUUCGUACGGUGCAGUCUCGGACUUGGACAGUUGAACACUAUCGAAGAUUUGAACAUUAAUUAAACUAAAAACACCAGCAAUUUGGUGCAUGUGUGGAGUUGGUUAUCAAAGAUUUUACAGAAUAUGAUUAUGUACAGUAUAUUUUAUUGUAUAACUACCGGUUUUUGUUGUUUGUUUUUAAUGUAAAGUUAUACACGAUGAAAUAUAAGUAUGAUUA